UUUUGGAAUAGCCUUCAAAAUUAUUUAUUUACAUUUUAUACAAAAUUAACCUUAAGUAAAAUAUAAAAAUAGGAAACUUAUAAAGUUCCACUUAAAUAUUGUGAAAAUAAAGCUACCAGCAUGUUCAAUUGUGCACCGUUAUUUCUCUUGUGUCCGAGUAUCAAACUGUUCUGUUUUUUGAUUCCAUGUUUAGCAUUAUUGGCUAUGAUGGGAAUUUACAUCGGCGGAUUGCUUUCAUACUUUUCAGGCGUAGCGUACAUUAAGCUCAAUACGAUUGUAAACAACACGUCAAUCUGAAUAUGAGGACAAUAAUUUAUUGAUAUGAAGACGCAUUGGUUUAUUUACCACAUAUUUAUCUCAAUGACAAUCAUAGAGUAGUCGCCAAGACAACGGUCAUUUGACAGAACAUGUGCGUUGCCGUGGUGACAAACAGACGUAAAACUUAGAAAUGGCAACAGACGAAGAAAAAUCGAAAAUAAUCAAACUCCUGCAAGAUAUAACUGUGCCUGAAGUAAAGUUAACGGAACGAUGUUUUGACCUAGUGAAGGUAUUUCAGCAGAGGUUCGGUGGAGAGGUCGAAGCAGAAAGUCGCCAAGAGGAAGUACAACAAGACUUAAGUGAAAAUCCUUACAGGGUUGACAAACGAUUACUAGAGGAAAACGAAAGGAAAUUGCGAGAAUUAUUAAUUGCAAGUCAUCGGGCCAAAAAGCUCAAUUCCAGGAAUGUAAUAGUAACUGGUGCAGAUCCUAAAAGACCUUGGCGAACAAAUUCUAGUAAAGAGAAGCUGCUUCGUGUGGACCUAGAGCUGAAGCGACAUCAGGAGAAAUCCACCGAGAUGAUUGUUCCCUUAGCUGACGAUGAUAUGCAAGAUCUUGUUAAGGAGUGCCGGGAGGAAUGGCGAGUGGCACCAGCCGUGGGGCCCAGCCGGCUUCGGGAUACUGUCGACGCGGCCAAGAAGAACUUGCCUCAUUUCCAGUACAAGAAGAUCCACAACACCACAGCCACCUCCAUUAUGCCGCAAGCGCAUGCAUUCCAUGCCAAGCCAGCGCCUGCCACGCCCAAAGAAGCUGCUACCACGGAAUGAUAAGUUUUACGUAAUGAUUUUGAAUGGUAAGUUUUCGUAUAUAAUUUAUGUGUAUUUUGAUUCUAAUAAAUUUUGUUGAUCAAGCGUUAA